ACAGAAGCUGUUGUUCCUUUUCUUAGCUUCCGACACAGGGUCAAUGCGCAAAAUAYUACGCAGCAUCAUCUGGAUAUGUGUCUUAACAAAAGUUCAACAUUCACCUUCUGCUACCCUUUCUGUCAAGCCUUCUACGCAUAUAGUUUGACGCAUACGUUAGAUAAAUCCAACGUACACACCACGCAGCGUGUCAUUGGAAAAUUAAUGUAAUUCUGGUGUGCAAAAAUCGCUGUCGGUGUGUUAGMAGUGGUGGUUACAGUACAUAACUCGUAAGCUUCACUCGCAUUGCAGUUUUGGAAACCCCUGUUUCCUGUUUGCACUUGAACGACAGAAACAUUGCUGGGUGGUUCAAUCAAAGGUCAUGAUGAUAAGUAGAGCAGUAGAUUGAUGAACCGUCUGGGAAGUGCAGUUCUCGUACAUCAGAGGGCAAUUAACUGCAGGAGGUGGCAGGCAGCACAGACACAACUCCUGCAUGAGUUCACCUUCACUUUUAUAACUARCCCCCCCCCCKAAAAAAACAGUUAUUUAGCUUGUCCUUCGGAUUUCCUUACAUCAUGAACGGGUCAGCAAAGUAUACUGCGCCUACCGUGCUGGGUAUACAGUUGAAAAGAGGACCACAAGGUCUAGGGUUUAACAUAGUGGGAGGUCUGGACCAGCAGUAUGUUCUGAAUGACAGUGGGAUCUAUGUGGCUAAAAUCAAAGAGAAUGGCGCAGCAGCCCUGGAUGGAAGAUUACAAGAGGGAGACAAGAUAUUGGCGAUAAAUGGCCAAAAGCUGGAGAACCUGUCACACAGUGCUGCAGUGGAGCUCUUCAGGUCAGCAGGAGAGGACGUACAGCUACGCGUACAGCAGAGGCCCACCAUGACCAUGAAUGGUCCCACCAGUUCCAGGCCUGACGGUGAAUCUUCUGUCUCCUCCUUGGGAAUACUUGUGGCUGUCCUGGGAGCUGCUGCAGCCGUUACGUUCCUCUACAUGCGAUUCCAGCCACAACUGAGGAGGCAUUUUUAAACCUAUGUAACUUUAUCCUUAAAGCAUUUUUUUAAAGCAAAACCUGGGACUGAAAACUUUGCUGAAUGUCCCCCCCCCCCCACCAAAAAGAAAGACAAU